UCAACAGGCCAAGAAAAUUGCAACCGUGCCUUCUCCACAAAGCAAUCUGACUGGGAGCUUUCAGAGCAGGCAGAGUUCCAGUAAAGAAAGUCAUACAGACCAGUAAGAAAUGUGAGCCAUUUUCUUGGAACUAACAAGAUCCCAGAAUGAAGUGAAUUUGUAGAUCAUUUUCUUCAGAUGCUCCAAAAGUUCACCACCCAGAUACCUUGUUACCUGUGGAAAGAGAGUCAUUGUAUCUAUGAUAUAGUCCCAUUUACACUGCCAAAAAGUACAGAAUAAUUCGGGUCCAAAAAUCUGGUGUGUUAAACAGCAAAAUGGUGAAAAGAAAGAUAAGUGUGUGUCAACAAACAUGGGCCCUAUUUUGCAAGAACUUGCUUAAAAAAUGGAGAAUGAAAAGGGACACUUUGAUGGAAUGGUUGUACUCGGCACUUUUACUAGUGACUUUGUACACAUUUUCCACGCUUCAUAAUGUUUAUGAUUUUUCAUCAAUGCCUUCUGUGGAGCUGGGACGCAUAGAUUCAUUUAAUGAUUCCAGAUUUGUGAUCGCAUACACACCAUUCAAUGAAACCACUGAAAGGAUAAUGAAUAAAGUCUCUUCUGCCUCCUUCAUGAUGGGAAGAAAAGCAAUAGCUUUUCCAGAUGAAGAAAAUAUGACAGAACUAAUUUCAACCCACUAUGAAGAUGUAGUGAGAGUCAUAUUUACCAGUCCUCUCUCUUAUCAUUUGAAGUUCCUCAGAGGAUUUCGGAUCCCAAGUAUGCAAGAGCAUCAAGACCAUUCAGCUCAUUGCUAUGAAUUUGGAGAUGGUUUUGAUUGUGGCAUUUCACAGUUCUGGACAAAAGGUUUUGUGACUCUUCAAGCUGCUAUUAAUGCUGCUAUUAUAGAAAUCACAACAAAUCAAUCAGUGAUGGAAGAAUUGAUGUCAGUUACUGGAAAACACAUGAAGAUAGAUCCCUUUGUUCAUCAAGAAGGACUGAUAACAGAUUUCUUCAUUUUUACCUGCAUUAUUUGUUUCUCCCCAUUCACUUACUAUGUCUCACUUAAUGUCACAAGAGAGAGGAAGAGGAUGAAGGGCUUGAUGUCAAUGAUGGGGCUCUGCGAUUCGGCAUUCUGGCUCUCCUGGGGUUUGCUCUACGCUGCUUUUGUCUUCAUUUUGGCCCUUUCCCUGGCAUUUAUUACAAAAUCGGUCCAAUUUGUCAUCCUGACUGGCUUCACGGUGGUCUUCGGCCUCUUUUUCUUCUAUGGACUGUCUUUGAUCACGUUGGCUUUCCUGAUGAGCGUCUUGUUAAAGAAGCCUUUCCUCACCGGCUUUGUUGUGUUCCUUGUCACUGUCAUCUGGGGGAGCCUGGGGUUCAUGGCGUUAUACCGAUACCUUCCUGCGUCUUUGGAGUGGAUUUUAAGUUUGUUUAGCCCUUUUGCCUUCACACUUGGAAUGGCCCAGCUCUUACACUUGGAUUUUGAUAUGAAUUCUAAUGCGGAUGCAGUGGGUGACUCAAAUCUAAUUAUAGUUACAAUUUUCAUGUUGUUCCUUGAUAGUUUCUUCUAUCUGACAUUGACGUUUUAUUUUGAAAAAAUUUUGCCAAAUGAAUAUGGACAUCGACAUUCACCCUUGUUUUUCCUGAAUUCCUCAUUUUGGCAUCAACAAAAACCAGCUGAUCAUACGGCCCUUGAGAGUGAAACAGAGCCUGAGUUUUCUGAUGAGGCUUUUGAACCAGUGUCUACAGAAUUUCAAGGGAAAAAAGCCAUCAGAAUCAGAAACCUUACCAAAGAAUAUAAAGGAAAGCCUAAAAGUGUAGAAGCUUUGAAAGACCUAGCAUUUGACAUAUAUGAAGGCCAGAUCACCACAGUACUUGGUCACAGUGGAGCUGGAAAAUCAACACUCUUAAACAUUCUUACUGGGUUGUGUGUUCCUACCAAAGGUUGGGUCACUAUGUACAACAACAAACUUUCUGAAAUGCCUGAUUUAGAAAAUAUCAGCAAGCUCACUGGAGUCUGUCCACAAAGUAAUGUGCAAUUUGAUUUCCUCACUGUGAAAGAAAAUCUCAGGCUGUUUGCAAAAAUAAAGGGGAUUCAGCUACAUAAAGUUGAUAAUGAGGUGCAAAGAGUUUUGCAGGAAUUGGAGAUGAAGAAUAUUCAGAAUACUCUUGCUCAAAACUUAAGUGGUGGACAGAAGAGAAAACUAACUUUUGGGAUUGCCAUUUUGGGAGAUCCUCAGAUUUUCCUCCUGGAUGAACCCACUGCUGGGCUGGAUCCCUUCUCAAGGCACCGUGUGUGGAACUUCCUGAAGGAGCGUAAAGCAGACCGUGUGAUCGUCUUCAGUACUCAGUUCAUGGAUGAGGCUGACAUUCUGGCUGAUAGGAAAGUGUUUCUCUCCAAAGGGAAGCUGAAGUGUGUGGGCUCUUCUUUGUUUCUGAAGAAGAAAUGGGGGAUUGGCUAUCACUUGAGUUUGCAGCUCAGUGAAACAUGUGUUCAUGAAAGAAUUACGUCACUUGUUAAACAGCACAUCCCUGAUGCCAAAUUGUCAGCAGAGAGUGAAGGAAAACUGAUGUAUACGUUGCCUUUGGAAAGAACAAAUAAGUUUCCAGAUCUUUGUAGGGAUCUUGAAAGCUGUCCUGACCUAGGAAUUGAGAAUUAUGGUGUUUCCAUGACAACAUUGAAUGAGGUGUUCCUGAAAUUAGAAGGGAAAUCUGAUAUUGACCAACCAGAUAUUGGGACUUUGGAAGAUGUCCAAGCUGAAGGGACAAGAGACACAGGGAGGCUUUUGGAGCUGGAGGAAAUUGUCUCCUGGCCUGAUGGGAUGAGUAAGGCAAAAGCUGGGAUGGCUCUCUUGGGGCAGCAGGUGCGUGCAGUCGCCAGGGUUCGCUUCUUGAAGAUAAAGCGUGAAAGGAAAGUUCUCUUCACACUGAUACUGAUCUUUGGAGUUGGACUUCUGCAUAUUUUGGCAGCAAAUGCUCGCAAGAUAUUUCAUCAAGAUGACUACUGUUGGGAACUGUCUCCACAGAUGUACUUCCUCACUCCUGACCAACAGCCCCAGGACCCUCUCUCUAACUUACUGAUCAUCAACAAGACAGGAGCAAGCAUUGAUGACUUUAUACAUUCACUGGAGAAACAGAACAUAGCUUUGGAGGUGGACGCCUUUGGAACUAGAAAUGGCACAGAGGAUCCAUCUUACAAUGGAGCCAUCACCGUGUCAGGUGACAGAAAGAGUUACGGCUUUUCAUUGGCAUGUAAUACCAAGAGACUGAAUUGCUUCCCAGUUCUUGUGGAUAUUGUUAGUAAUGGACUGCUUGGAAUGUUCACACCAUCAGUGAGCAUUCAAACUGACAGGAGCACAUAUCCCGGUGUGGAUGACAUCCGCUAUCAGUUUUAUAAUCUAGCCUAUCUCAUCUCAUGGAUCAUCUUGAUGUCCUCUCUUUCGCCUUAUCUCUCCAUGACCAGCAUUGAUGACUAUAAGAACAAAGCCCAAUUCCAGCUGUGGAUUUCAGGCCUGAACCCUUCUGCUUACUGGUUUGGACAGGCUCUGGUUGAAGUUCCCAUCUACUUAUUAUUCAUUUUAUUUAUGUACUUAGUAUUCUAUGCCUCAAAGCUCCAAGGGGAUAUAUAUACAACUGUUGAUAUAUUUAUUCAGAUUCUCUACAUUGUUGGUUAUUCCAUAUCAAUGAUCUUCAUGACAUAUGUGAUUUCGUUCAUUUUUCGUAAUGGGAAAAAAAAUAGUGGCAUCUGGUCAUUUUGCUUCUAUUUUGUCACACUGGUUUCCACAGUUUUCAUGGUUGAUUUCUUUAUGGAGACAUCUCAGUUUUGGACCAGUAUCUUAAUUCCACCUGCCACCUUGGUUGGUUGCACACUGCUACAUUUUGAUCACUGUUUAAAUGCAUAUUAUGGCAUCAUUUCCGCAGAACAAGAGAAGAAACAUGACUUCCUGGCAUUCCUAGUAUCCUAUGUCCACAUUAUCAUCUUUCUUGUUAUUCUUCGAUGUCUGGAAUGGAAGCUUGGAAAUAAAACAAUGAGAAAGGAUCCUGUCUUUAGAAUUUCUCCAAGAAGGAGUAGUGUAUCUCACAACCCAGAAGACCCAGAAAGGGAGGAUGAGGAUGUCCAGCUAGAAAGAGUAAGAACAGCAAAUGCUUUGACAUCUCCAAACUUCGAGCAGACACCUGCCAUUAUUGCUAGCUGUCUUCGCAAGGAGUAUACAGAGAACAAAUGCCUCUUUUUUAAGAAAAAGAAGAAAAUAGCAACAAGAAAUGUCUCUUUCUGUGUUAGAAAAGGUGAAGUUCUAGGAUUAUUAGGGCACAAUGGGGCUGGUAAAAGCACAGCCAUUAGGAUGAUAACUGGAGAAGCAAAGCCAAGUGCAGGACAGGUGCUACUGAGUGGCAGCAGCGAGGCCAAGCCCCUCGGGUUCCUGGGGUACUGUCCUCAGGAGAACGUGCUGUGGCCCAGCCUGACCGUGAGGGAACACCUGGAGGUGUUUGCGGCCGUGAAGGGGCUGAGCAAGGCCGACGCUCCGGGGGCCAUCACACGGUUGGUGGAGGCGCUCAAGCUGCACGACCAGCUGCAAGCACCCGUGAAGACCUUGUCAGAGGGGAUAAAGAGAAAGUUGUGUUUUGUGCUGAGCAUCUUGGGGGGCCCGUCGGUGGUGCUUCUGGAUGAGCCGUCCACCGGGAUGGACCCCGAGGGCCAGCAGCAGAUAUGGAAAGCCAUCCAGGCUACCUUUAGAAACACAGAGAGGGGCGCUCUCCUGACCACCCACUAUAUGGCAGAGGCCGAGGCUGUGUGUGACCGUGUGGCCAUCAUGGUGUCCGGAAGACUGAGAUGUAUCGGCUCCAUCCAGCACCUGAAAAGCAAAUUCGGCAAAGAUUAUCUGUUGGAGAUGAAGGUAAAGACCCCAGCACAUGUAGAACCCCUCCACGCAGAAAUCCUGAGGCUCUUCCCCCGGGCUGCUCGGCAGGAAAGGUACUCUUCUCUGAUGGUGUAUAAAUUGCCAGUGGAGGAUGUUCAACCUUUAUCACAAGCCUUCUUCAAAUUAGAGACAGUUAAACACAGCUUCGACGUGGAGGAGUACAGCCUCUCGCAGUCCACCCUGGAGCAGGUUUUUCUGGAACUCUCCAAGGAGCAGGAGCUGGGUGAUUUUGAUGAGGAACUGGAUCCUUCAUUGAGGUGGAAGCUCCUCCCACAGGAAGAGGCUUGAAGCUCCAAAUAUCUCUUUUUUCUUUAUGCUUGUUACUCUUUUAUAGCAAUAAUAUGCCUUACCUCAGAUAUAACACAAAAUACUUUUGAAACUCACAGUGUAACUUUUCUCCAUAAUGUUACUAAUAGUGGGGCAGGUGGGUACAGUCAGCAAGACCAGCGACAGAGCCUGAAAUUAGGCCAGACCAGGCAGCCUAGGUAACCCGCAAGCACACCCCAUUUCACACAGUGUUGAAUUAAAAUAGCAUUUAUGAUGAUUUGUUUACAUGGCUGAGGAUUAUACAGAGACUAUUUAAUUUCUUUCCCCGAACUUCACAAUAUUUGAAUAUUUUAUCUUUUUGAUUAAGUAAAAUUAAGACACAAUAUUCAUUUUAGAAGAGAGACAAUCGGUUGAGUACCUAGCAGCAUGGUCCUUAUUUCUUGUAAUUCACUAUUCUAACCUGUACCCAAUUUCCUGACUCUCUUUUGUAACUAUAAAGAAAAUUUGAAACAUGUUAAAUCAAAUACUUGUGAUAAGGAUUUCAAUGCUCAAAUUGAUGAGUAUUUUACCAUAUACAUCUUACAUCCAAAUAAAAUACUGAAUGGUUUCCCUAAGAUGAGAAAACCAACAUAUAUCAUAUAAGUAAUUUAAAGAGAAAAAUAAAAGAUAGAUGAUAAGAAACACAGAG